AUGGCGUUUAUACUACUGCAGCACGGAACUGUCCUCGGACAUAACGACGGCCAUGUUAUAGUGCUGAAAGACCACGAUGUACUUAUCCAAGGAAACAAAAUCACAGAAAUCGGCCAGAAUCUCACCUCUCCUGACGCCGAGGGAACCGUGAUACCUUGCAGGGACAAGAUCAUCUGUCCUGGAUUUGUCGAUACGCAUCAUCACCUAUGGCAGACACAGCUCAAAGGUAGGCUUGGUGAUCUGGGCUUUAUGGACUACAUGGUUGCAGGCAAUAUACAAUCAUUCAACUAUACCCCAGACGACAUCUUCUGGGGCCAGCUCGGGGGCUGCUUGGAGAGCGUCAACAGCGGUGUCACCACCGUAGUUGACCAUGCUCACAUGAGUUACUCCCCUGAACAUGUGACCGAAGCAAUUCGGGCUUCGGCCUCGUCCGGGCUACGUUCGAUAUUCUGCUACACCCCAAUCUGGCGUAUCAAAAGCUGGGCCUCUACUGUCGACUACGAUGAUAAUCUCUUCCCAGAAUGGUGGUAUGCCACCCUGGAGACCCUCGCAAGGUCUGCCCCAUUUGGCCGUGGGCGAGUUCAAUUGGGGCUGGCUUUUGAUAGCUUCAAGCUGCCAAAGGAAGCUGUCAAGAACCUUUGGGACAAAUGCCGCUCCCUCGGUCUUAAGCUCUUUACAACACACUUUGUGGCAAAUUACAUGACGAACUCGGUCAACCUGCUUUCCGAAUAUGGCCUCCUUGACAAGAACGUCCUUUUCUCGCAUGUCAACGGAAUCGCCCCAUCCGAUGCUCAGACUCUUGUUCAGCACGGAGCCUACUUCUCAACUACCCCCGAGACAGAGCUUCAGAUGGGCCUGGGUGAGAUUGUGGCUUUCCGCCCAGACGUCAAGUCCAACGCCUCGAUAGGAAUCGACUGCCAUGCGAACAACUCUGGCGACAUCCUGACGCAGCUUCGCCUCAGCAUGCAGCAUGCUCGUGGAGUUGAGAACCGAGAAGCCAUGGAAGCGGGAAAGUACCCGUCUGUGCAGAUAAAAUUAGAAGAGGUAUUCAACCUGGGCACUAUACAAGGCGCUAAAGCCGUCAAUAUGGAAGACCAAAUUGGGAGCAUCGAGGUGGGCAAGCUGGCUGAUCUGGUCAUCUUCGACGCCACCUCUCCCAAUAUGGCCUGCGCUGCGGAGGAGGAUCCGGUUGCUGCUGUCUUGCUUCAUGCCAAUUCUGGAGAUAUUGAAACGGUCAUAAUAGAUGGGAUUAUUCGGAAGCAGAAGAAUCGCUUGGUCGACGUACAGGUGCUGGAGGGUCCAAAUGGGCGGACAGCAGAGUCCCUCUCGUGGCCUGAAGUGACGAAGAGCAUUCUUACGAGUCGCCAGAAAGUACUGGACAGAGGGCAGGGACAGGAUUUCCAAGCUGGGAUGCAGUUCUUGUACAAGACAUUUGGAUAA